AUAGUGACGUGUAAGUGAAGUGAUGUUUCAAUUUAGCGUUAUUUCAGCGAAAUUUUAUUGAUUUCAAUUCAGGUUUAUGAAUGAUAUUUGUGAAUAUAAUAAGCUAUUCUUAUUGUUUUAAAUAUGUCAGCCAAGAACAAAUCGUCUGACAUUGCCAAUAAAGGUAAAAGCAGCGUAUCUUUAUGGAAAAGGGCGUUCAUUGCUAACGAAGAAUGGGACGAUAAGGAAGAGUUUCUGGAUGUAAUUUACUGGAUGCGACAGAUAAUUGGCAUAAUUUUGGGUCUCUGCUGGGGUUUAUUGCCUCUGAAGGGUUUCUUCGGCUUAGUUCUGUUUGUGUUAGUGAAUGCAGCAGUAAUUUACGUGUAUGUGAGCAACUUCCAGAAUAUAGAUGAAGAGGAAUACGGAGGGAUGUGGGAAAUCACUAAAGAAGGCUUCAUGACUUCAUUUGCUGGCUUUUUGGUCACAUGGAUAAUAAUGUACACAGGUCUCCACUCAGGCAGCUUAUUAUGAGGCUCAAAGUAGUGAAAUAGGCUAACGAAAUGAAGAUAAAUCCUAUACUGCCAAGUGUUAGUACAAACGGAGUGUUUCGUUUUUAAUUUUAGUCACUAGCUUUACAAAUAUGGAUGGUAUGGCAAUUUCUUAACAUAUUAUAGUAUUUGUAAAGUGUGUCAGACCCUGUUUGUGAGUUUUUUUUUAUAUAGAAACAUGUUGUGUUGAUGCCUAUCAUAAUAAUAUAUUGUUUAAAUUAUUUUAAAAUAUUACUACAAACACAUUUUUUGUUAUGUUUACUAAAUCGCCUGAUUGCGAUUAAGGCAAGAUUCUAUAAUCUGGUAUUUGUCUUAAUGAAACCUGCCCUACUGGCCUUUGUGUGAAUGCAAUGUUUGUGUUGGAUCAAUAUUUAAGAAACAGAAGCAAUAACUCUGUUAGCCUUACAUUGUGUAUUAUCAUUUUAAGAUAAUGAUAAUGUACAUAAUAUAACACAUUGUUGUCAUCAAAAAAUUGGGUGGACAUGAAUUCAUUUAUACCAAAAUAAAUUAAUAUCACUAUCGUAUAGAGUAUAGAUGUAUAGUCAGUAAAAAGGUAUUUUAAUUUGAGCUAGUUGGAUAGUCCAUUAGUUAAAAACACUGUUACAAGUGAACAUUAUAUUUACCAAUGAACUGAAAUGAAAUAAUCAAACUUGCAUAACCUACAAUCCUAAGAAUAUUGAAUAAGGUUCAAUUUUAGAACAAAUACUAGAAUGGAAUAAUUUUUAAAUAAAACGUUUUAUUUAAUUUACAAA